AUGACAGUGGUGUCCGUCGAUUCAAAAAGGAAAGAAAUCUUCCAAGAAUAUAUCAGUAAGCGAGUUUUGAUUGAGUGGGUUCGUAUAACAGCUAUUCUGACAGUACGGAAAAUGCUUUCUCUUGGCCUGCUUUCGCCGGCGUUAGUGGUAACAUACCAGCUUACCGUCUUGCUCGCUAGGAAAAAACUGUACUCAUUAUAUGCUUUAAAGGAAAUCAAGGCUCCUGACAUGUCUGUCAAACGAGGACUGCUAUAUAUCGGAAAGAAUAUGAUAGUUAAACCCGUCAUCGUUGCCAUCAGCUUAAACCUCAGUCUUUCGGAGUGGAAAGGCUGA